GAAAUAGUCCACCUGCGCGCCUGCCACAUGGGACGGAAAAACUCCGGCGAUUAAGCGGAGACAGAGCACACCCCGUGUCACGUGACUCCUCGCGUCCUCCACUCCACAGACGUCACUGCGCCGUUGCGGCAUGGCCACCACCUUCUUCGCUGACGCGGCUACCCAACGUAUUUCUUUCCCCAUCACCUGGCGCUACGGGCGUUCUGGAUUGGUAUCCUAACUGCAAUGGCGGACCCUCUCGACUCGCGCGCGCUCCUGGCGCUCGUUACCUCCGUCGCUCCGUCUGUUCACGGCAGCUCACCUCUUCCCCGCACGACGGAUGCUGCUGCUGCCCUCGUUCAUGUCAUUCACGUGGCGCUUGACUUUCGCCUUGCUCCCAGUACUCCGACACAAGCAGACGUCGCGGCGGGCGCACAAGAUGAUCUCACAGAAGCAGCUGGAGAUGGGGACAACGAUGACGCCCGGUCUGAGACAACGACCGCCGUCGACCCCGACGAGGGCCCAGUGUCUGAGAACGUCCUCCCGGCCUCGUGGAAUGCACGAGGCGAAGACUCGUACAUGUUCGAGUACCGGCAUCCACAAAGUGCGAUGACGUUUCGUGUGCGGGUCGGCCGAAUGGGUAACCGCAUCCAGGUCGAUGCCAUGCCUGAGGACGGAGUUCCGCACACUAUCUCGCUAGUCGUCAACGACUUGCUGGACCCCUCAGCAUUCCCGGUUCCUUCCGGGCAAGCCGCCAAUGCUGAGGGCGAGGCGCAAGCCCACGCCCUCGGUUUCCGCUCCUUGGAUGCUGUGCGCACGUUUGUUGCCCAGUAUAACCGCGAAAUCAUUGCACGCCUCAUCCCCGGUUUGCAGAAGGAUGGUUAUCGGGCACCCCAAACUACCUCUGCCCCUGGGCCCUCCUCUCAACGUGAUCGCCCACCGCAGCAGCCCGAACCCAGCGGCGGGCCUGCGCGGCCCUCUCCUUUUCAUGACCCCCUGCAUCCAGCCGCCGCGCCUGCCGGGGUCCCAGCUGCCUCGAUAGGGCACCGCGACCUAGACCCGAUGGGCGGGCGUAUCGGCCCGGGGUUCAGCCGCCCUGAUUUUGACCGCGGCGGUGGAAUGCUCGUUGACUUCAACCAUCCUCUGUUCGAUGGCCGACGAGGCGGACAGCAGCAAGGGCCAGGGGGGAGUAUCAACCCAGCUGGUGCACGUUGGGAUCCAGUGGGACCUGGUGGCCCGCUCGGCCCGCGUUUCCCUUCUGCAGGAGGCAAUCCUCUUGGUGGUUUUGGAGUAACUGACCCCGAGUGGGGAGAUGAGAUGCCUCCGCCAGGCGAGCGCGGGCCAGACCUCAGUGGGCGCUUUGGACCUCGUCGCGGUGGUGGCGGAGGGGGCGGCCUUGGCGGGCCGGGGAUGGGCGGGGGUUUCGGCGGACUGGGCGGAUUUGGUGGCGGACGAGGAGGGGGUGGGUUCGGCGGGGGAGGGGGCAUGUUCAUGUGAGCCGCGGAUCAAC